AUGUCUUCGAGACCCGUCACUCCCGUCUCACCCAUCCAGAGCGCUCGUCCCGACCCUUCGAUACACUCCGCGCGGCCGACAAGCGCCAGAAUAUCUUCUCGACCUAUAUCUUACGUCGGCACCCAGCACACCCAGCCCAUCGAUACGGGGUCGCAACUCAACCAUUCUCAAGCAGGUUUGCAAGACCCUUCCGCCCUCGCGCAAGCUGCCGAUCUCCACGAUGAGGUCGUCAAUCAGAAUCAAGAGUCUCCAGAGCUCCCGCGAACGAAUUCUCAUAUGUCAGGGUCGCAGACCCUGCUGCCCUCGAGAGGAGGCACGCUGAAGAAAAAGGCUUCGCUGCACAAGAGCGCGAGCCUCAAAAGGACCGCCAGCAAGAGAAGCAGCUACGCCGGCUCCGUGCGGAGCUUGCAGUUGGGAGAGAAGGAGAAGUACGAGGAGACGCCAGAAACCAAUAGCGUCUUCUACUGUCCUGUGCCCACUACCGGAAAUCCAACAGAGCUCCUCGCGAUCCGGUUUCAAGCAUGGCGCAAAGUCCUCAAGGAUCUGAUUAAUUAUUUCCGCGAACUGCAUAAGACUUAUGAGACGCGGGCAAAGGCGCUCAUGUCAACUUCUAACGUCAUCAACAAUACCACCAUACCGCCCAACUUCUUGUCCCAAGGCGGGGUGGGAGACGCCGCCUACAUUCUGCGGGAUUUCCACAAACAGGGUCUGAACGAAGCCAACAAGGCUCGGGACCUUGAGAACGAGGUCAUCAUACAACUGACCGGUCUGCGUAGCGAUCUGCAACAGAAGAUCAAGGAGAUCAAGAGCCUGUCUGGUGAUUUUAAGAAUUCAGUAGACAAGGAAAAGGAGGCCACCAAAAGGGCAGUCCAAUCUCUACAGGAAGCACUUGGCUCGGUCGAUCACGAUGCAGCAUCCACGAGCGGAAAGGGUGAUCCUUUCCUCGUCAAGCUAGCGCUCGAUAAACAAAUUGAAAAGCAGAUUGAUGAGGAGAACUAUUUGCAUAGGGCGUACCUCAACCUAGAAGCCUCUGGCCGUGAGUUGGAAUCUAUCGUGGUCGGUGAGAUCCAAAAAGCGUACAAUGUGUUGGCAGGCAUUCUUCGCCGUGAGGCCGACGAAAACUAUGACACGGCUGAAAAGUUGAAGGAAGGCCCGCUGGCGAUGGCCAAAGAUCAUGAAUGGGACGAGUUUACCACGAAUAACAGUCAGAUGGUUGACCCCAGAAUCCCAAUCAGGCAAGUGUCUCAUAUUGUGUAUCCUGGAAAGGAUCAUCCUGCAGCGAUCGAAGUGAGAAGCGGUAUGCUGGAGCGAAAGAGCAAGUACCUGAAAAACUACACCCCUGGGUGGUAUGUUCUUUCUCCAACUCAUCUGCACGAGUUCAAGUCGGCAGACCGGAUUGCAUUCCAGGCCCCUGUCAUGUCAUUGUAUCUGCCCGAGCAGAAGCUGGGCUCCCACUCGGAGCUCGACUCUUCCUCACAUAAAUUUAUGCUCAAGGGCCGGCAAACCGGGUCGAUGCACCGCGGCCACGCUUGGGUGUUCAGGGCCGAGUCGCACGAUACGAUGCUUGCCUGGUUCAAUGACAUCAAAGAGCUCACCGAAAAGCGAGGGGAGGAACGCAACGAGUUUGUCCGACGAACGCACGCCCGGUCAUUUUCUGGCAACAGUCUCAAACCCGCGAGCAUCAUCAGCUCAGAAGGCGGUCUGGAGGACGACGAGGCCGACCGUGUUGCUUUUUCUGGCGAACAAUCUGUGCGAGGAAAUUCGGUUGCUCCGCCUGAUCAGGUCGCCGUCGCCGGCCUGGGUGGACUAGGUGUCGGAGCGGCUUCGCAUGACAACGAAGACAACAGAUCUGAAGCCGGAUGGCGACCUCCUCAACAAAGACCAGCACCAGGUGGGCGAUUUCCGUCAGAUCUCAACGUUCAGCGCGGCUUACAAGCUCCGCUUUCCCCUUCUAGUGGAGAAAGUUCUGACCGAGACCGUGAUGUAAUAGCAGCCGCCGGUGGUCUUCCCGGGAGUGGCGUGCCGUUCGCAAACACUAUGGAGAAACACACGGAUUUGCAGCCGGAAGCGCAUCAACCUGCAGCCCCAGCUCCUCAGCUGAACGCGGCCAACCAGUACACACAAGGUCAUCAUCCUAACAUAUUUCCAGCCCACCCUACUGCAGCUCCUCACGACGGAGCCAGUGAGUAUGGUGAAUGGAUGGCACCAAUCGGUGCUGGGGGAGGAGCUGCGGCAGGGGUUGCGUUGGCAGCAAGCACGAUACAUCGGCACAAGCAGCAACAGGAACAGGAACAGAGGGACCGUGACCGUACACCGACCGCCGCUCAAAGGCUGGACGGAGAGACAGCAAUUCCACAGUAUGGCGAGUCCUCGGCUCCGAUCCCUGCCGUAACCGCAGCACCGAUUGACGCACCGACCGAGCCUCGUGCGAUGAGUGAAUCGACCACAGCACCAAGCUCUGCCGUUGCGAAUACCAUCUCCUCCGGCACCGACACUGGAACUUUGUCGACUGUGCCUACGAGCACAGGCUACACGGCGCCAAACGGUUCCCUGUUUGACGCUAAUGGUGUCUUUGUUGGACCCCGGGAAGCGAAGACUGCUCCGACUGAGUACACCCUAAGACCGGCGCAACGGUCACACAGUCAUACGACUAUCAGCCACUUGCAUGUGCCCGGAGAAUUUCCCACUACACUGCCACUUAACGAAGACUCGAGGGUCUACCGGGAUGUGGUGCAACACUGA